AUGUUGUCUCUCGGCGGUGGGAUUGGAAACUACUCAAUUGGGUCUAGAGACGACGCAAAAGUGGUUGCGGAUUACCUGUGGAACAACUUCUUGGGAGGAAAAUCAUCGUCACGUCCAUUAGGUGAUGCUGUUCUUGACGGUAUUGACUUUAAUAUCGAGCUUGGCUCUCCUCAGCACUGGGAUGAUCUCGCUAGCUCUCUUUCAAAAUUUAGCAACCGAGGAAGGAAAGUGUAUCUAUCAGGAGCCCCACAAUGUCCAUUUCCUGAUAGAUUAAUGGGAAGUGCUCUUAACACUAAACUCUUCGACUAUGUUUGGAUCCAGUUCUACAACAAUGCACCGUGUCAAUACACUUCAGGUAAUACUAAAAGCCUUUUGGACUCGUGGAACACGUGGACCACUUCGAUCACCGCCGAGAAAAUCUUUCUUGGCCUUCCGGCAGCUCCUGAAGCCGCUGGAAGUGGCUCGGUUCAAGUUGGUGCCAUUGAACCACGAAUCGGUUUGGGUUCAAAGUUAAAAGCCAGUGAACCGAACCGUGCAUGGGUUUCCGCUAACGGUACUUUUGCAAUCGGGUUUACCCGGAUUAAACCAACCGACCGGUUCUUACUGAGCAUUUGGUUCGCACAACUUCCUGGUGAUCCAACGAUCGUUUGGUCUCCAAAUAGAAACUCCCCAGUCACAAAAGAAGCCGUCUUGGAGCUAGAAGCCACCGGAAACCUCGUACUCUCCGACCGAACCACAGUCAUUUGGACUUCAAACACCUCAAACCACGGCGUGGAAUCAGUGACCAUGUCCGAAUCCGGAAACUUCCUCCUCCUUGGAACACAAGGUACUGCUUCUCCGGCCAUUUGGCAGAGCUUUUCACAACCCUCCGACACUCUCCUUCCAAACCAACCCCUAACCGUUUCUCUGGAACUAACCUCUAACCCAUCCCCGUGGCGCCAUGGCCAUUACUCCCUGAAAAUGCUUCAGCAUCACACUUCGCUUAGCCUCGGCCUAACUUACAACAUCAAUCUUGACCCUCACGCAAACUACUCCUACUGGUCCGGACCAGAGAUUUCAAACGUUACCGGAGAUGUUACCGCCGUUCUUGAUGAUACUGGAAGCUUCAAGAUCGUUUACGGAGAAUCCUCAACGGGAGCAGUGUACGUCUACAAGAACCCGGCAGACGAAAACCGGAAUUUCCGGUUAUCGAAAACACCGGUUACGCGGAGAUUGGUAUUGGAAAACAACGGGAAUCUCCGGUUGUACCGAUGGGACAACGACAUGAACGGUUCAAGCCAGUGGGUGCCUGAAUGGGCAGCUGUAUCAAAUCCGUGUGACAUAGCUGGGAUUUGCGGUAACGGAGUUUGCAAUUUGGACCGAACCAAGAAAAACGCAGACUGUUUAUGUUUGCCCGGUUCGGUUAAGCUUCCUGAUCAAGAAAACGCUAAACUCUGUUCAGACAACUCAUCUUUGGUGCAAGAAUGUGAGAGAAGCAUCAACCGUAACGGUACCUUCAAGAUCUCAACCGUCCAAGAGACAAACUACUAUUUCUCAGAACGUUCGGUCAUCGAGAAUUACAGCGAUAUCGGAAACGUGAGGAGUUGUGGUGAGAUGUGUCUGUCGGAUUGUAAGUGUGUGGCUUCGGUUUACGGUUUAGAUGAUGAGAAGCCUUAUUGUUGGAUUCUAAAGAGACUGGAUUUUGGCGGGUUUCGAGAUCCUGGUUCGACCCUUUUCGUGAAGACUAGAGCUAACGAGUCUUAUUCCUCGAAUUCGAAUGAUAAUAAUGAUUCUAAAUCACGUAAGAGCCACGGAUUAAGACAAAAGGUUCUUGUGAUUCCUAUAGUUGUGGGGAUGCUUGUGCUUGUGGCACUGCUUGGGAUGUUGUUAUACUAUAAUGUAGAUAGGAAGAGAACACUAAAGAAAGCUGCAAAGAACUCGUUGAUCCUUUGUGACUCUCCUGUGAGUUUCACUUACCGCGAACUCCAGAACAGUACAAACAAUUUCUCCCAACUUCUUGGAUCAGGUGGAUUUGGGACAGUAUACAAAGGAAUAAUAGCGGGUGAAACGCUGGUCGCAGUGAAGAGAUUAGACAGAGUUUUAUCUCAGGGAGAAAGAGAGUUUAUCACUGAAGUCAAUACCAUUGGCUCAAUGCAUCACAUGAACCUCGUUCGCUUGUGUGGUUACUGCUCCGACGACUCACACCGUCUUCUAGUUUAUGAGUACAUGAUAAAUGGGUCUUUAGACAAAUGGAUAUUCUCUUCGGAUCGGUCGAGUCAACACCUUGAUUGGCAAACACGUUUCGAGAUAGCGAUGGCGACUGCGCAGGGGAUUGCUUAUUUUCAUGAGCAGUGUCGGAAUAGGAUUAUUCACUGCGACAUUAAACCUGAAAACAUUUUGCUGGAUGAAAACUUCUGUCCCAAGGUAUCGGAUUUUGGGCUCGCGAAGAUGAUGGGGAGAGAGCAUUCGCAAGUGGUUACGAUGAUUAGAGGCACGAGAGGGUAUUUAGCACCGGAAUGGGUCAGUAACCGCCCGAUCACAGUGAAGGCCGAUGUGUAUAGCUAUGGGAUGCUUCUUCUUGAGAUUGUUGGUGGUCGGAGAAAUCUUGAUGUGUCCUAUGAUGCUGAGAAUUUCUUUUACCCUGGAUGGGCCUACAAGGAACUAACAAAUGGGACGGCUUUGAAAGUUGUGGAUAGGAGGCUACAAGGAGUAGCAGAUGAAAGAGAAGUAGUGAAAGCUCUUAAGGUGGCUUUCUGGUGCAUACAAGACGAUGUAUCGAUGAGGCCGUCGAUGGGAGAGGUGGUGAAGCUUUUAGAAGGUUCUUCGGAGGAGAUAAAUUUGCCACCGAUGCCGCAGACGAUUCUGGAACUUAUAGAAGAAGGAUUGGAGGAUGUGUAUAGAGCGAUGAGGAGAGAGAUUAACAAUCAGCUUAGCUCUUUCACUGUUAAUAGUAAUACCAUCACAACCUCUCAGAGCUAUCUUUCCUCGUCUCGGUCUCAUGCUACUUGUAGUUACUCUUCAAUGUCUCCUAGGUAG